CGCGUUUGUUUGCGGUCCAAUAUCAUUCUCAUCUCACCUUACCUCACCUCACCUCACCUCCUCAUUAUCGCCUGGAUUGCGCAUUUUCCUAUAAGGAACAUGCAUUGGCGGUAGCAUGAGUUUAAUCGCAACACACCCUUAUCAUGGACUGGCUGGUCACAGACGACGAUCCUUUCCACUCGGUGGAAGGAGAUGAGAGCAUCUUCGAAAAUGAGUUUCAAACCGUCACUCAAAGUGAGCAGGAUCUCUUUGCAAUCAUGCCCCUGUCAAUCGGAUUCAUGGACAAUGAUGCCCGGGUACUCGACGUUAACCACAUCAUGCCACAUGAGAGCGGCCUCCUGACGGCUGCUCCCUCACUCAGUCCGCCUACCUGUCCGACCUCCUGCAUUGAUGAGCUGCCCCCGGAAAUCAGCGAUUAUUCCCUCGACCCCCCGGAGUUGUGCCACAGUAAGAGCGUCGAGCCGGGACUUGAUCGCCUAGAAACUCCCAACGACUCCGAACCCAUCGUCGUGGAUGACCCUCCGGACUUCCCCGUGAGCCGCUCUUUGAGCGUACAACUCCCGGAAAGCACCUUGAUCAUCCCACGCUCGUGUUACGAACCCUUCGAACCCGGCGUCCCGAUCAAAUCCGAGCGAGAGGCUGUCCGCCUUCUCUGCUGGGCGGCCAAGAAGGCCGGCCAGGAUAUCGAAUCCAUCGAGUUCCAGCUCGACAAGUUUGCUAUUUACCGAGACCACCCGCAAUUCCCAGAGGAGAUGCGAUCUCUCCAUCAACUCGACACCAAGAUUGGCCAUAGGGAUUUCUUUUUCGACGGUCAGCUCAGCGUCGGCAACACGGCCUACUUUGUUAGACGAGUCCCCAUCUCGGCGAUUCCCAUCGGCAACUACGGGGCCCUGUCCAAACACACCGUCCGCGACAAGAUCUGGCUCCGUUCUGAUUUGAACAGCGAUAGUGAGAUCUACUAUCGCCUUCGCACGCCUGCCUUUGAAUACCGCCGAUUCUUCAACCCGUUCCUGUGGGUGGCAGACCUGGCCAAGCACUUUGUCGACUUUCUCAAGGUCAUGGGCGAGAACCGUCGUAAGGUGACGAUUUUUCACUUCCGCUCUACCUUCGGUACGUGGAUGGACAAGGUGCACAAAAAGGCCCCUGAGUUUGUCGCUUGGCGCAACCAGUUUCCCCGCGACGACUUCCGUGCCUCCGUCAUUGCGAACCGUGAUUUUCUGCACAAAGAGGCGAUUGGUGUGCUGGGCUACACAAAGACGUAUGCCCACACGCUCUGGUUGGAGAUCUUGAAUCAUGGCUGCUACUACAAGCCCUACGAGAACAAGGGGGAGAACAAGACGGAGAACCCUUCUACGGUUGUCACCAAGUAUAUUUAUGACUGUUUCGCCCACCUGCCCUUCGGCGAUCGCCUCGAGGCUGUUCCGUUGAGCAAGGAGACCCAGACGCUGCGCAAUAAACUAAUACAAGAGCGCAACCUUGAACUGCCAGCACCAAUCCACGACACGGCUAAGUGCUUGUCCAUAGCGGCGACGCAACAGAUCCAAGAUAUCAAGCCCGGUGACACCAUCUCCACACAGCGCGACGGAGCUGAUUCUGGCACGCGAUGGCGACGCGACGUGUCGCACGGCUUCAGCGACGUCGACCGGUGGUUUGCCCUUGUGCAACAUGUUCAUGUCGACCGCCGAGGCCAGCGCUCCUUCGACGUCAUCUGGUACUACCGCGCCGUUGAUACCCUUUGUGGCAUUAUGAAAUACCCGUGGAACAACGAGCUCUUCCUCUCGGAUCAUUGCUCGUGCGGCGAGUCUUCCAAGAUUACCGCGAAAGAGGUCCUCGGCGUCCACGAUGUCGAAUUUGGUGGCACCUCGGCCACGAGCGCCGAGUUAUUCUGUCGCCAGACGUACAUCCACACCGAGCGCAAAUGGAUCACGCUGAAGAAGGACCACAUGUGUUGCGCGCAUACUAAGAAGGCGAGCCGCACACCAAAGUACCAACCGGGCGAGACGCUCCUAGUCAUCCUGGAUAAAUCAACAGGUCGGUCGGAGCCAUGCGAGUUCGUGUCCUCAUAUAGGGAAGAAGGCGCCGAGAUAUUUAGGUUCCGGCGACUAUUGCGGCGCGCCCAGGUUGACCCCAAGGCAAAGGCUGCUCGACGAAAUGAGCUCGUCUACAGCCAGCAACUUGUCGAAGUCAAGAAGCGGCGUAUCCGGCAGCCGUGCUUUGUACGCUUUUUCGAAACUGGAAAACCGAUCCCAACUCCAUACGACCGGGACGGAGUUGGUAAUUUCUUCUACAUCACCCACGAGGAAACUGUUGACCAAUAUUCCAAUGAUAUCUCGUACACCCCAUUGACAUCAUCCCCCCCUUCUCUCCGACAGGGCUACGACCCGACAGAGGAGAUCACCCGACUUCGUGGCCUGGAUCUCUUCUGUGGCGGUGGUAACUUUGGACGUGGCCUCGAAGACGGAGGCGGCAUCGAGAUGCGCUGGGCCAACGACUACGACACCAAGGCUAUGCAUACAUACAUGGCCAACGUAUCGGCACCCGAGGCCGUCUCGCCGUUUCUCGGAUCUAUCGACGACCUUCAGCGGCUGGCGAUUAAGGGUCGCUUCAGUCGUAGCGUCCCGCGCAUUGGGGACGUCGACUUCAUUUCCGGAGGCAGUCCAUGCCCCGGUUUCUCACACUUGACCAACGACAAAACGACGCUCGCCCAACGCAAGAACCAGUCUCUUGUUGCGGCCUUUGGGUCCUUCAUCGACCUCUAUCGCCCCCGGUAUGGCCUCCUCGAGAACGUCCCGGGCAUCGUUCAGAAAAAGGCCAACCGGGAUCAAGAUGUUUUCAGCCAACUCAUCUGCGCCAUCGUCGGUCUGGGCUACCAGACUCACUUCUUCUUCCUCGACGCUUCAUCCUGCGGCUCCCCGCAGCGUCGUUCUCGCGUCUUCCUCGCGUUUGCCGCCCCCGGCCUCCAACUCCCACGGCGUCCCGACCCGACACACGCACACCCUCCUCUCACCAAGUCGCUCAGUCUGGGCAACUUGCCCACAGGCGAACCUAUGGCUGAGCGCGCCAUGCCAGACGCUACCCCCUUCGACUUCGUCUCCGCUAGCGCCGCAACGGCCGACCUCCCGCCGGUGUACGACUCCAAGCCGGACAUCUGCGUGCCGUUCCCUGACCACCGCAUCUCCCUCGGCUUUACGAAGCAGCUGCGCCUCAAAGUCAACUUGAUCCCCAUCCAACCAUGGGGCAUGAACUUCGCCCAGGCCUGGUAUGGUCCCGAUCGCAAGCUUGCAGGCUCCGGCGUCAUCACUCCCGUCGAGCGCCUCGUCUUCCCGCCAGACACAGGAAAAUCCCUCGGCCGAUCCCGUCCCAACUCCAACGCCUACGGCCGCCAGUUUCCCGCGCGCCUAAUCGAAACUGUCGUGACGAGCCAGAGCCCCAGCGACGCCAAAAAUGGCCGUACGCUGCACUGGCGUGAGAGCCGCGUGCUGACCAUCAUGGAGGCCCGCCGCGCGCAGGGGUUCCGCGACGACGAGGUUCUGCUGGGAUCGCCACCGGACCAGUACCGCAUCGUGGGCAACAGUGUCGCGCGUGAGGUUGCUGUUGCCUUGGGCGCUGUGUUCCGCGAGGCGUGGGCUUGCAGUUUGACCGAGGAGCGUCGUGGCUGGGAAGUCGGUGCUACAAUCGCCAACACUAUGCGCGUUUCUCCUGUCGUUGUCCCUAUAGACACCCCCUUCCUCACCCUCUCCGAUAUCGAACCCUCAACCAAACCGAUAAUCGAAGAUGUAUCCUCCGACUCGAGCAUUGACACUUGCCCCGACGAGCUCUCCCGCCUCCGAACUUCCCCUAGCCAAACACCUACCCCUAGCAUGACAUCUGGCCUCACGCCCCCUCCGACAUUUCCCCCGUCCCUUUCUAUCAGAGGCCCCAAACGGUCGCGCUCCAGUUCCAUCGCGGUAGAGAUUCGGGCACCCAAGGCGACCAAGAGCAAAGGUGGCGACUCCCCUAGUUUAGCUGCGACGAGGCUAUCCGCCUUGAAUGGCGGUCUUGUUGACCCAAGCCCUCUGGGACAGUCGGUGAUUGUGCUCGAUGAAGAUUGAGGGGCGUUACUUUGGACUGGAUACCCGAUAAGAUGAUGAUAUUAGACGUGCCAUACUUUGGAGAUGGACACUGCGCCGAGGAAUUG